AUGACCUUAAGGAAAGAGAGUUUCCAGGGGUCUCUUCCACCCCCUUCUGAGAUGACCAUGGCGAUCGUGGAGAGCAUCAGAGAGGACGAGGACGACCUGCUGCAAUCCGUGACGAGGACUGGAGCGGUGGUGCCGAAGCAGCGAGCGGUGGGGAGGCUGGUCAUGCACAGCAUGGCCAUGUUUGGCCGGGAGUUCUGCUAUGCCGUGGAGGCCGCCUUUGUCACGCCGGUGCUGCUGAGUGUAGGGCUGCCCAAGAACCUCUACAGUCUGGUGUGGCUCAUCAGCCCUAUCCUGGGCUUCGUGCUGCAGCCCGUGGUAGGUUCAGCCAGUGAUCACUGCACCUGUAGCUGGGGCAGGAGGAGACCUUACAUUCUGGGUCUGGGCAUCAUAAUGCUGUUAGGCAUGGCUUUGUACCUCAAUGGGGACGUGAUGAUCUCAGCUUUCAUCGAUGAGAGAGACAAACGGCGGACGUGGGCAAUAGUCAUUACCAUGCUGGGAGUAGUGCUUUUUGAUUUUGCAGCUGAUUUUAUUGAUGGCCCCAUCAAAGCAUAUUUAUUUGAUGUCUGCUCCCAUCAGGAUAAAGAGAAGGGUCUGCAUUACCACGCCCUCCUUACAGGUUUGGGAGGAGCCCUUGGUUACCUGACAGGUGCUAUGGAUUGGGGUGAAACUGUACUAGGAUAUUCCUUGGCAUCAGAAUUCCAGGUGAUUUUCUUGUUCGCAGCCUUGGUUUUCCUAAUCUGCCUUACCAUACAUCUGCACAGUAUUCCUGAAGUCCCACUCAGAUAUGAAAAUGAAGAGGAAAAGUUCUUGUUGGAAGUGACUCGAACCUAUAAAUAUAGAUCCAUAGAGGAGGAACUCAAGAAUGGUUGCGUAAAAUCAACAAGUACUGAAAUGAAGGCUGCAGUGAAACCAGGGAAAUGUGCUGCUAUGUCACGUACAGAGGAUCAAAGGCGGAUGACCCUUAAAUCACUCUUGAAGACACUUCUAAGCAUGCCAUCCCACUAUCGGUAUCUGUGUGUGAGCCACCUUUUUGGAUGGAUGGCUUUCCUGUCCAACAUGCUCUUCUUCACGGAUUUCAUGGGACAGGUUGUAUACCAGGGUAGUCCUUAUGCACCUCAUAACUCCACGCUUUACCUUACCUACAAAACAGGAGUAGAGAUGGGAUGCUGGGGACUGUGCAUCAACGCAAUUUCUUCAUCAGUCUAUUCUUACCUGCAGAAAAUCCUUCUGCCAUACAUAGGAUUAAAGGGACUUUAUUUCAUUGGAUACCUGCUAUUUGGAUUGGGUACUGGAUUAAUUGGCUUGUUUCCCAAUAUCUAUUCCACUCUGGCUCUAUGUUCCCUCUUUGGCGUCAUGUCCAGCACACUGUACACAGUGCCAUUCCACCUCAUUGCCGAGUAUCACAGGGAAGAAGAGUGCCUGAGGCUGCAGGACAGCGAACGAGCUGGAGACCACGGGAGAGGGAAGGGCAUUGACUGUGCUGCUCUCACCUGCAUGGUCCAGCUGGCCCAGAUCAUCCUGGGCGUGGGGCUGGGGCUCCUGGUCAGCAUCGCCGGCAGUGCGGUGACUGUGAUUUCGGCGUCCAUGGUGGCACUCGUCGGCUGCUGCUUUGUUGCUUUUUGUGUCCGAUACGUGGAGUAGGACUGGGCGAAGCAAUUGGAGGAAAUCUCCCCAAGGGAGUGUUUUCUUUUCAGAUUAGUAGCACUGGUGCUGUUGCUGUGCUGGUACUGCUGGCACAUCCUCUUCUCUUACAUCCUCGGAGAGGCUGCAACUCCAGAGCGUUAUGAAAUGUGAGACUUGAUAAAACUGGUUGCCUAAUGCCUCAGAUUGAAAGCUUCUGUAUUUUGACUGCUUUAUUACUUCAUUCCUGCUGAACUCAGUAUAUUAACACGCUAUUACACAGGGUGGUGUGUACACCCGUGGUAUCUCGAUGCCCUACGUGAGAAGUCGUUAUGAAACUCCUCAUUACCAAUUUGUGGAAGUUAAUAGAUGAAGUAUGUGAUCAAUUGAAGAAGUAAUAAAAAUGGACUCAGUUAGGAAGAAAAUAAUUAUUUAUCUUGUUUUUCAAGUAUCUUAAUCUUGGGGAUAUUCCCUCUGGUAGUCAAAAGCUGCGAGAGGAUCAAACAGGUGUCAGAGGCCAUAUAGUGUGAAAUUGUGUCGU